CCUCGCUGAUCACGUAGCGAUCUGAAUAUAAACCUGUCCAAGCAGGAAUUGACAACAGAUUCUUCAGUUGGGACUGAAUUAUUGAAUUAAUGGUCAUGGUUGGUCAAAAGCAAACUUUGCCCUCCUUUCCUUCCAUCAUUUCAGUUUUGUCGAUUGCAUUUUACUGUGUCGGGUUUCUUAAAGUUGAAAUGGAGUUAAACCAGCACAAGAGCAGAUUAAAUGAUCUUGAAAUGAAAUCAGAGAGCAAGCCGCAGUCGAACGACCGCGCAGACAUCGCAGUGAUCCAAAAUUCUCUUGACGUGCAAUCCCUCAAAUUCAACAGAAACAAGCGAAAUGUCAAUAACACAAAAGAACGUUUUCACAAAGAGGUAACAAUGGCCAAAAUAACCAAAUUUUUACUGCAACUCUGUCACUCAAAAGAUUCCACGUGAACGUCGGGUCCACCAGGCCCUCCUGGUCCACCUGGACUCAAAGGAAAUAGAGGGCGACGGGGACAGAAAGGAAAGACUGGAAAUAAAGGUGAUAGGGGAAUUAUGGGAUCACCAGGAAAGAGAGGAAAGCAAGGCAGCCAAGGACCCUUAGGCUUAAAGGGAGAGACUGGAACCAAAGGACAGAAAGGAGAAAGAGGAAGGACAGGCAUGCCGGGAAUUAAAGGAGAACCCGGUCAAUCCAUUUUAUCUCCUACUGUAGUUGUUUCACCUGCGACUUUGACAGUUAACGAAGGUCGAUCAGCCUCGUUUCAUUGCUCAGCUAGUGGCAAUCCCAAGCCUGCCUUAGUAUGGAGUAAAGUGGACAAUCAGUCAAAAAUUACUCAAUCAGCGGGUUCAGAAGGAAGGUUGCUCUUGAGGCACGUGACGGGAAAUGACUCAGGAUUGUAUCAGUGCUCAGCAACAAAUAUCCUGGGAGGGGAUAAGGCAACAGUGCAGUUAGAAGUCAACGUUCGUCCACGUGUUAACCUAUAUCCUGGACCUCUCCAGGCCAUUGAGGGAAGUGACGUUACCUUACCAACUUGUCAUGUGACUGGCCACCCACGUCCUACAGUCACCUGGAGCAAGUCAUUUGGUCACCUGCCUCAUAGAAGGGUUCAGUUUAACAGCAGUGUUAUCAAAAUUCUUGACGUUCGUAAGAGUGAUUCUGACAAUUACCUCUGCUCAGCCAGAAAUCUUUUGGGAAGUGUUGUAAAAAGAACUCUCUUGGUUGUUGUCUCCUUACCCCGGUUCACUGUAAAACCACCUUCGACGGUGGUUGCUGGUGUCGGUGACACUUUGACGUUAAGUUGCAGCGCUACCGGUGAUCCACAGCCAGUCAUCAGCUGGAAAAGACAAGGUGCUCAGCUACCCGUGGGAAGGAGUCACAUGACAAACCAGGCGCUUACCUUAAGAAAUGUCACUAUUGAAGAUCCUGGUAACUAUAUCUGCGUGGCCACAAUUGCAAAGGUGUUUCCUAUUGAGACGAUAAUUAAUGUUCGAGUUGUAUCACGAUCAAGAGAUUGUUCAGAUCUGUUAAAAGCAGGCCAUACUCAGAGUGGAGUGUACUCUGUUGACCCAGAAGGUAAAGGACAGUUCAAUGUCUACUGUGACAUGAGCACUGACGGUGGAGGCUGGACCGUGUUUCAGAGAAGACAGGAUGGCUCGGUAGACUUCUAUCGGGGAUGGAACGACUACAAAGCUGGCUUUGGUCAGCUGACUGGUGAGUUUUGGUUAGGAAACGACAAGAUCCACAGACUGACGGCUGUUAGACCUAGCUCCCUACGAGUAGACAUGGAAGAUUGGAACGGAGGUGAAGCAUAUGCCAAAUAUGGAAAGCUUAACAUUGGUGAUGAGCAGGCUCAGUAUCGACUUGAAGUGAGUUCCUUUUCAGGAACUUCUGGAGAUUCGUUAUCGUGGCAUAACAACAUGACAUUUACUACAAAGGACAGAGAUAAUGACAGAUGGGUAGGUAGUAACUUGAACUGUGCUGUACGAUGGACUGGUGCCUGGUGGUACAAUAACUGCCAUUAUUCUAAUCUGAACGGAAAAUAUCUGGGAAACACAAAAGAUCAGCGAGGGGUUACUUGGUACCAUUUCAGAUCAAGGCUUUCACUUAAAUGGACGGAAAUGAAGCUGAGGCCGUCAUAUAUGGAGACCAGUAUCGUCUAUAGAAACAAGCGCCAAUCGGAUUCACAUAAGAACGCGACAGGAAGCAAAAGUACAGAGGCCAUGAUCCAGAAUUUCAACAAACUAUUAUUAGAGGGAAGACUGCAACUGUGUCAAUCAAAACGUUCGUCUGGCAUUCGAGGACCUCCCAGUCCACCUGGACCCAGAGGAGCGCGGGGACGGAGGGGACAGAAAGGAAAGACCGGUAGCAAAGGAGAUAAAGGCGCUAUGGGGUCGCCUGGAAAACGUGGUAAGCAAGGCAUCAUGGGAAAUAUAGGAGUCAAGGGAGAGACUGGUACCAAAGGACAGAAAGGAGACAGAGGAGACACAGGCAUGCCGGGAACUAAAGGAGAACCUAGUCAAUCCCUUUCACCUCCAACUGUUGUUGUUUCCCCUGCCACUUUAACGGUUAACAAGGGAGGAUCAGCCUCGUUUCAGUGUUCAGCUAGCGGCAAUCCUGAGCCUGCAAUGGUGUGGAGUAAAGUAAACAGUCAGUCAGAAAUCAGUCAAUCAUCGGUUUCAGGAGGAAAGUUACGGUUAGAGAAAGUGACAGGAAAUGACUCAGGCUUGUAUCAGUGUUCGGCUGCAAACAUCCUAGGGGAAUCGCGCAAACUUGUGCGCCUAGUGGUAAAAAAUGUCCGUCCCCGCAUUUUACUACAUCCAGGACCUCAUUAUGCUGUCGAGGGAAAUAAUCACAUAUUUCCUGUCUGUCACGUGACCGGAAAUCCUGCACCAGUGGUAACUUGGAGAAAAUCGGCUGGUCAGUUGCCCCAGGGUAGGGUGGAAUACAACAACAGCGCUUUACGCAUCUCACAUGUCCGUAAAGAUGACUCUGGGGCAUACUUCUGUUCGGCGGUGAACCGCCUAGGAAAAGUGGAAAGAAAAACUGUACUUGUUGUGGUAUCACUUCCUCAAUUCACCGUUAAGCCGCCAAGGAAAGUUUCUGCUAGUAUUGGCGGAACUAUUACGUUAAACUGCCAGGCUAUUGGUGAUCCACAACCAGUCAUCACUUGGAAGAGACAAGGAGCUCAACUGCCAGUUAGAAGAAGUAACACUACAAACCAGGCGCUUAUAUUGAGUAAUGUAGAGGAAGAAGACGCUGGUAAUUAUAUCUGUUUAGCGACAAGUGCUGGAGUGUUUCAUAUCGAGGCAAUUAGUGAUGUUGAAGUAAGACCGCAAAGAGUUCGUUUGGUGAAUGGUGGAACAUCUUUUGGGCGUGUUGAGGUUUAUAAAAAUGGAAAAUGGGGUAAUGUGUGCCACCUUCGCUGGGAUAUCAACGACGCCAAGGUAGUAUGUCGUGAGCUGGGUUUCUCCCAUGCAACUGCUGCUCCUGCCGGCGCGAGGUACGGACAAGGAUCCAGACCCAUCUUGAUGAGUGAGGUCAAUUGUCGAGGAGAAGAGCCGAGUUUAACUGAAUGUCGUCACAGAGACAUAUCAUCAUCGUAUGGUUACGACGGCUGCUACCACUUUAGAGACGCAAGCGCGGAAUGCAUCUGAACUCUCAGAAGUUGAAACGUUACUUAUAGCAUUCUUUAUCACAAAUCUAGGUGCAAAAAUUAAGCACUUAGAUUAGUGAAAGUAACAAGAGACAUAUCUAAGACUAAAAUCAUAUAUUAUUGAGUAUCAUAUGCCUGUGUGGAUGCCCAGUACAGGGGAAGAGCGCCUGAAUAUCUUACGGCUGGUCGAGGUUUGAGCCCCAAACAAUUGCAACAUUCAGGGCCUGAAAAUGAUUAACGGUAAUCACAACGCCUCAGACGAUAUCGAUAAAAUGCCAAGGUCCUUCUUAAGGAACCGAUAUUUCUUGAUUUUUUUCUCAUGCUCUUUGCAAAUGCGGAACAAUCUUUUUGUAUUCGAAAACCGAACUCAAAAGUUUGAUGAUCUUUCCUGAUCCAUUUACAAUUUAAAUAUUAAUUUCUAGUAAGAAAACAAGCCCGAUAAAUUCCUGAAGUAUGAUGCUGUAUGAAUCAAAGGUGAUAAGCUAUCAUAAAGGCUUUUUACAAAUGUGUUGAUUAGCUGUAAAAUCGCUACUUGAAUCGCAGGGAACAUGCCGAGUUUCCUCGAAUAAUGGCCCACUCUCUACUAAGCACCCUCCAUGAUUAGGCGGUCACCCUCUAGGCCAUAAUGUCAAACAAGCACCCCUCCCCCUUCUCAAGCCCUCACUUUCUUUAAAAAUAGAAGGAUACAAGGAAAACCUACUUCUAUUGCCAAUUUAUAUAUAUCGUUUUCAGCUUUAAGUACAGUUAUUUCUAUAUCCAUGUGCUUGGAGAGUUUCUCUAUAUGCAUGCAGUCUGUUCUUGUACUUUUUGUACCAUUACCGUCCAAACGUAAUAAGCAACCCUUCCCCCCCUUGAUUAAGCGCCCUUCUUCCAAAUAGCGCCCCUCCUUUGACAUGAGCGCCCGUAUGGCUUUUCGAGGAAAUAAGGUACUUACCUGUCCAAAUUUUUUAUUAUAAUUUGAGAUUCUUUAAUCAUUUUAGAAGAUCCCAAGCGAUGCUAUAAUUGUGUUCACGAAACUUUAAUUCUGCCUUGAGGGUUUGAAUUUCCCUAACACAUUUAGGCUUCAAAAUGAUUGAAACAAAGACAAAUGCCAGCGAUGUUUCUUUUAAUAUUAAUGUGUAUGAAGCCACAACAACCUUUAAAAAUCAAUUAGAGUAAAAAUUCAAACUUCCUUGUCAAGAAUUCUGGAUAAUUCGCUCAACCGUGAUUGGUUAAACGACCCUUAUAAUUAAAAGUGCCAAAUUGUGCCAUUCAAGCCAGAGGCUGUUCUUACAUUCAGCAAAGUGAUAUAGAGCGAGAAUUAUCAAACGGAAAAUUUUUUAUAUUGUUAAUUUGUAGACUUAAAGAAAGCUUAAAUUCACAUGAAAUUGGAGAUAAGCCCGCAAACAUCCUCAGAUUGAGACAAGAGAAUAUCGUCUCUUAAUUGGGUGUUAUAACUUUUUGUACAAAAGUUGACUUUUUGGUUUUAUCUUUAAGCUGGUUUCACUAAGACGCGAUGAAAGCUAUCACGAGGAACCAGAACCCAAAAGUCUUUGACAAUGAAUGUAUAAUUUUAUCAGAGUUAUUAUCAUGCAUCAGAUGCUAAUUGAAAUA